AUGAAAAAUAGAAACAAUCUCACUUUUCCUCCUGUAAAAAUUACGCAGAAUCGCAUAAAGAAAAUCGUGCAGUCUAAUCAAGAUAUAGGAAAACUAUCAGCGACAACACCUUUUCUUAUAUGUAAAAUCACUGAAGAAGUUAUUCAACAGUUGACUUCAUUGUCAAGCAAACUAGCAGUUCAGCAAGGAGAUUCGAAGAUUACUUUAUGGCAUUUGUAAAAGACAUUCAGAGCUCAAGUUAUUGAAAAUGAUAAGAUGUUCGAAGCAAUUAGAUCAAAAUGCCUCCAAAAUCCAAUGCUUAUGGGAGCUGAGCCUCCAAAAAAACCAAGUGAUAAAAAAAAGAAACCCAAAGGAGAUAUUCAGGAAUUUAUACAAGAAGAUGAAUAA